ACUCUCGUUUUUACCUAACCUGCAGGAUUUCAGUUGUGUCAAAAUUGGCAACAGUGACAAGAUUACCAACGUUUUUCAGUUGCAAUUAUGUCACAGUGGAUAAACAUCGUUGAUGCAGCUUUCGCCCUGCACUUCUUUCUCUUCAUAUAGCGGAAGGUGCACUCUACAAUUAUGGAGUUCUGAAAAGGGAAGUGAGGAUUUUGGGGGGAAAGGAGGCCUUUCCCCUCAAGUUGGUGGUUGGGCUGCUUUACCAGAAGGUCAGAGGGCUUUUGAAAUUGUUGCCUUUUGUAAUUAGAUAAAAAAAAAGAAACUAUUUUUGCUAUUGUUGAAAUGUACAGUUUUGUAUUAAACACAUGAGAGGUUUUGUAUUUAUUGAAUUCAUGAUGCCAUCAUACACUGCAAGCAGUGUAGUUUGUAUCCGUUUCUUGGUCGAAAUGGUGGACUGAGGCAAGCUAAGCACAGGCCCUGGGGUCGCUAGGGUGCGGUGGAAACUCAACACAAGCACAAUUCUAGCACUCCAAGCCAUCUCGACCAUAUAUUUAUAUAUUUUUUCUCCCCUUUUUCUGGAGGGCAUCUUUUGUUACAUUAUUUUUUUUGCGACAGAGUUAUUGGUUUACUGCAACUUAUCAUAUAGUUUUUGAGUUUUUUCUGUGAUUGUGGGCGGCGAGCUGCCACAAGGACUUGGUAACGGAGAGGGAGGAGGAGGAGGUUUGGCAGCAAAGAUUUGGUGGCGGUCAGGAUGAGUCUGACACCACCGGACUGCACCCCCAAAUGCCGGUCACAGCAGCACGCAGACCAGGUGAUAGCAGCCUUAACUGCUGGAUCAGAGGGGCAGCUCUGGGCCUUCCUCACGUCACACUGCUACAAUGCGACCACCUUGCGGGACGCGUUUGGGCGCACGGCCCUUCACCUGGCGGCCUCGCUGGGGAAGAAGACCCUGCUGGAGUGGCUGCUGGAGAAUAAGAGCGCUGAUCUCAUGGUGAAGGAUAAGGAGUCCGGCUGGACUGCUGUGCACCGCAGCGCCUUCUAUGGACAGAUCCACUGUCUCAUGUCUCUGGUUAAGCAUGGGGGACUUCUCUCCACCCAGGACAAGGAGGGUCUCUCUGUUCUGGACCUAACUAUGAAAGACCGACCUGCACAUGUUGUCUUCAAAAAAACCGACCCUACGGAAGUAUACACUUGGGGAAACAACACUAAUUUUAGUCUGGGCCAUGGCAAUCAGGAGAGCCGGCAGCACCCCGAGCUCGUGGAUGUGUUUGCCAGGACCGGAGUUUAUAUCAAGCAGGUGGUUUUGUGCAAGUUCCACUCUGUGUUCCUGUCUCAGAAGGGCCAGGUUUUCACCUGUGGGCACGGACAGGGAGGAAGACUCGGCCAUGGAGAUGAACAGACUUAUCUGGUUCCGCGUAUGGUGGAGGGGCUGAUGUCCCACCACUGCUCCCAGGUGGCGGCAGCUAAAGACCACACGGUGGUGCUGACGGAGGAAGGCUAUGUUUACACGUUUGGUCUCAACACCUUCCACCAACUGGGGCUCGUCCCUCCUCCGGCCUCGGCGCAUGUUCCAAAACAGGUCUUCUCUAAAAUGCUUAAGGGUAGGACAGUGAUUGGAGUUGCAGCAGGGAGGUUCCACACGGUGCUGUGGACCAGGGAGGCUGUGUACACCGUGGGACUCAAUGGAGGGCAGCUGGGAUACUUGCUUGAUCCAAAUGGAGAAAAGUGUGUGACUACCCCGCGGCAGGUGUCAGCCCUGCACCACAAGGAUGUUACCAUCGCCAUGGCAGCAGCUAGUGAUGGAGCAACAGUGGUUGUGACUGAGAAGGGAGAUGUUUAUCUGCUGGCUAACUACCAAUGCAAGAAAUUGGCUUCAAGGCAGCUCAACAUCAAGAAAGUCCUGGUCAGUGGCGGCACUCUGGACCACCUAGCAGAUCCACAGGUCCUGAAUGAGGGAGCAGAAGAACAGGUUUCCAUCUUGGCGUUAGAUGGAGCUGGGAGGGUAUUUUGCUGGCGUUCCUCCUGCAGCUCGGUGAGACAGUGUAGGUGGGCAUAUCCACGUCAGGUGUUCAUGUCAGAUAUUGCUCUCAGCAAGAACAGCAUGAUGUUUGUGACUCCUGAUGGGGAAGGCUUUAGUGGCGUGUGGGCUGGAAAAUACAAGAAGCACGGAGAGAAGAAAGACACCAGCGUGGAGGUGUGCAGCCAUUCAGAUACCGGUCAUUUGUACGAACGGAUCCGCCUGGAGAAGCUCCCUUUUGUCCACAGGGCUGUCAGCAUCACCAUGGACUCUAAAGGACAGAACUUCGGUGUGCUUCAAGCUGACCCCAAAACCAGCUUGUAUGAGAUCCCCAGCAUCUCUCCAUCCACCUUCUGCGAACACUUCCGGAGACUCCUGGAUGAGGCGGAUGAGACGGACAGCAUCCACGACGUGACGCUUCAAGCUGGUGAUCGCACAUUCCCGGCUCACAAAAGCAUCCUGUCCAUGAGGUCGGAGUUCUUCAAGAAACGGUUCAUGUCCGAUCAUUGUGGGGUCGAGGACGAGCUCGACGAAGAAGUGAAGAAGAGCGUCGACGCUGUGGGCUGCGAUUUAUUAAUUUUGGAGAAAAUCCCUGCAGACAUGCUGGAAUACGCUCUACACUUCAUCUACACGGACUCCUGCGAGCUGCUGGUGCACGGGGCCCGGCCAAGAGUCUCCCCCGGAUUAACAGGGCACAACAAAGAUUCGGAGCAGGGGAGGCUUAUCAGCAGCCUGCAGGACUUGGAUCUGAGAGGCCGCUCAGCCCUCGAGGUGUACCGCUCCCUUCCCCCUUCAGCCAAAGAGGACAGCAACAAGAACAAGGGCUCAAAGUCUGGGAAAAAGGGGAAAGAAGGCAAAAGUGACAAGGCUGAGGCCGGCAAAGGCGGCGUCAACCCUGUGAAAACCUUACAGGCUGUUGCAACUAAGCUGGGCCUGAGCAGCCUGUCGGCACGACUGGGUGAUGUCAAGUAUGAACAUGGAAAAAUUAAUAUUAUAAAGAAGAAAAUUGGAAACAAACCCAAGUUCUACCAGGGACAAUGCUUCUAUCCUUGUGAUGUUACUUUGAAAUCUGAAGAUGGAAAAGAGUUUCCUUGUCACAAAAGCAUCCUCUGUGCAAGACUGGAAUACUUCAACAGCAUGCUUGGAAACCCGUGGAUUGAGGCGACGUCCUGUUCUGCUCUGGAGAUGCCUACGACCUCAGAGAUUCUGCAGGUCAUUCUCAAGUACAUCUACACAGAUGAGUCUCCCACCAUCAAAGAGUCUCUGCAUGUGGAGUUUGUCUGCAACGUGUUGGUUGUGGCCGACCAGCUGCUCAUCACACGACUGAAGGAGAUGUGCGAGGUCGUCAUCACGGAGAACUUGACACUGAAGAACGCUGCAGAGCUGCUGGAGUUUGCAUCCAUGUACAGUGCAGAGCAGCUCAAACUGUCCUGCCUGCAGUUCAUCGUGCUCAACAUGGCUGCUUUGCUGGAGUCAAAGACUUUGGAUAUUCUGGGUGAUGAAGUGCUCGUGGAGCUUUCUGCAGCCUACAGGAGGAUGAUCCCGGCCAUGCAGAAGCGGAUUAUCACCCCCUACCCUGGAGCUCCAGACCUCAGUGUGUAUGAAGAGGAGGACUUGGACUUGGCUUUUAGCACCAAACCAGAGGAAGAACUGGAUCACUCCUGCAGGGAAAUCCUCUUAAAGAAGGCCAAGAUGAAGGCGAAGAAGAAGCCAAGGAGGCGCUCCGACAGUUCCGGGGGCUACACUCUCUCUGAUAUCAUCCAAAGCCCUCCUGCUGCAGUUGUAGCACCGUUCCUGGUGAAGUCAGGCAAGGCCAACUCCACAGAGUCCCUGCAGGAGCUGCUCACGUCGGACUCGGAGGGCAGCUACAUGGGAGUGGGAAGUCCCAGAGACAUGCAGUCUCCCGUCUUUCAUGACAAAACUGAGGAUGAGAGAGCUUUCAGUCAGAGGCUGAAGACUCCACCCAGCACCCCGACAUCACUGAAGAACUGCUUCCCAACUCCCCCCAAAUCAGCUCCACAAAGCAUCCACAAGGCCGUUCCCUGUCCUGCGCUUGCUCCUCCUGUCCUGGACCUGAGAACCAUAAUGGACAUGGAGGCCAACUCUCAGCAGACUCUUGGUGCGACUCCUAAAAGCCCUGGAAGCAACAUGAAGCACUCCCCCGCUUCCACCAGACUGUCCCAGAAACAGAGGAAGAUGUUGGCGCUGGCCGGUAAAGAGGCCGGCGGGGAGCCGGCAGCAUCCAAACCAGCCCCCACAGCCACUCCAUCCAGAAGCAGUGGGAAGGCCUGGGCUACGGCUGUCCAGUCUCCGCCAUCCUCAUGUUCAUUCCGGGCUGUUCUGGAGGAGGAAGAGGAGCGUUUAAUCCAAGCGGGUCAAACCGGAGCGCAAAGGGGCCAAAGUAGCCUGGGAUCGCCCGUCAGUCCGGCCCCUGCUGCCAAGAAGGUCACAUUCAAAUGUGGUGAAAGCAGCGAGCCAGAGAGGCCCAGCGGGCCCUGGGUGCUGGGGGCAGUGGGCAGCCCUCCCCAGUCCUCCCUGGUGACCUUUGCUUCCAUCGUGGAGGAAGAGAAGCAGCAGGAAGCUGCACUGAUCCGUAGCCGAGAGAAACCGCUGGCACUCAUCCAGAUAGAAGAGCGGGCCAUCCAGGACCUUCUUCACCACUACAAGGCCCGAGACAACCCGGACGAGCUGGUGACGGUGGAGCGGUGUUCCUCGGGUCCCAUAGCGGCUCCAACCUGGCACAAGCACUCAUGACCGCCAUGGCUGCACAACCCCACACCAUCACAGUCAACAUGUAAUCCAGCUGUUCCUCUGAUCUGUUGCUAGCAGUCUUCAUUAGAACGUGCAGAAAUAUACCUGAAGCUCAUUCAUCCCGGUUUGAAGUCUGUGCAGUGUAGCUUUAAUUCUGUGUUAUUGCUGCUCACUCUUUAGUUUUCGUAAGGGGGAUAACUGAGAGCUUUCUACGUCUGAAUAUGGACAGAAAGCAAAGCUUUGCGUGUGUUUUUUCUCUUCUUCUUCUCUUUACUUCUGAUUGGAAUCACAUUUUCUUCAAACAGUGGUAUAAAAAGCAAACUACUUUCCCAAAUAAUUGUGGUUACUAAUGUGAAGUUGCCAAAGAGCUAAUAGGAAAUUGAGAUGUUCAAUCUAGAAGAUGGGUCCAAGUAUUGAGUCAGCGGAAGCACUCAAUGUGGUUAAGAAAUGGUGACGAAUGUGGACAAGCGUCCUCUUUACUUUGAGAGUAAAUCAAGCCAUUUUCUAACGUAGUAUAUUUAGUUUUCUUCAUAUCUGUUUGAGCUGUUUGCCUCGACUUUAUUUGCAGUGGUGUUACAUUGCAAUAAUGUGUACUUUAAAUAUAAAUGUACAUAUUUGUUGAUAUGAAAAUGCAUCACUUGAUGCAGUUACAGUGAGGAAUUGAGAUCUUCGGUGUGCAGGGUUGGAUUGUGUGGAGCUGGUUGUCACUCGUGCUUUAGGGACGGUGACUUGUCUUUAGGAAAUAAAGACGGCAACAUGAAGCAGAUGUUUAGUUUUUUUUUUGUGUUUUUCUUCCAUCUUUAAUAUUUCCCUCCUCCAGUUACUCUCUUGCACUCUUCCUGGUGCCAGUGUAAGCUUGAUACUCCGGGUCUGUACCACGUACGCACAACUCUGUUCCAGUCUGUGUCUAAAGCUGAAGGAUGUGAAGACAAGAUGGCAUGCAAUAAUAAAAUAUCUCACCUGUGCAACGAC